AUGGAGCAGAUUGAUGCGCAGGUCAGCGACUUGCGCUACUUGAGCCAAGCAGCCGUCCCUUUGCCGCCUGACCGGGCUGCCACUGCUGCCGCUUAUUCUCCACACAAUCAUUCUGUCCAUUCCCCCCUUUCCGCGACCCCCGGAGACAAUUCCGCACAACAACCAGGGGCCUCCAGAGGUGCAACUCAAGUCGGAACGCCAGGCUCAAGCUCCGUGUCUGGUUCCAAGAGGAAGUCAGAAGACGAGAUCAAUGCUGCCAAGCAGCAGAGAAGCAAGAGGAAUCGGUACAUAUCCAUUGCCUGUAACGAGUGUAAAAGGCGCAAAAUCAAGUGCAAUGGCGAAACUCCCUGUCAACGAUGCGGCAAUCUCAACCUGCAGUGCCUCUAUGCCCCGAACUGCUGCUCCAAUAACUUCAAGGACUCGGACGAAUACAAGACCAUGGCGGAGCAGAUGACCCGCUUGCAGGAGCAGGUCGAUAACCUCUACCAGAACAUGAAUGCACUCCGUUCCGAAACUCUGCGUCUUGCACCCAUCCAGGACAAAGUAUUACCUUUCCCCUCAAGCACAGUUCAGGCCUCCCCGGCGAGCUCGCUGUCUCCCCUCCACCGGCCUGAGUUGACCCAACCCAAGCAGGCAUCCUUUCGUGGCCCCACCAGUAUGGCCUUCAGUCUUGACAUCGCCAAUACUACUAUUCACAAUAUGGGCUACAAGGGCAUUGGGGAGGACGAACAAGGUACACCCCUGGGGGUACCUGAGGACAGUCCUUUUCGUAUGCCUCCUCAGGAAAGUCAAAUCGACCCCUUGUGGGACUUUGGCAAGGACGAAAUGAUUCGCUUAUGUCGACUACAUGACGAAGAGAUUGGCAUAAUGUAUCCUGUCAUCAAGAUACCGUCAGUCAUCGAGCACGUCCGUCACCUGACGGCUUAUAUGGACUCGGCCCGAAAGCAAGGCCUUACACCCAGUCUCAAUGAUGAAAAGACACUGCAGCUCAAGAUUGUUAUGAGUUGCGCUCUCGUCGUGGAGGAGCACGGGCACAGCGAGAAAGCUUGCAAGCUGAUUGACAGCAUGGACGCCGUACUCAACCGGAAGCUCAUGGUCGAGGCAGUCGACUUUGUGAGUCUCCCGGUCCUGGCUCUUCUCGCUGGCUACAGAUUUUUGGCCAACGAGGAAAUCCUAGCAUGGCGCGUCAUGGGCCAAGUCACUAGGCUGUGUUUGGAGAUGGGCAUCCACAGGACGACUGGCAUCGCGAAAAUUAAGAACGAAGAAGACAGGAAGAAUGCGUUGAACAGUUUCUGGUCAGCAUACGUCCUGGACCGACGGUGGGCUUUCAACACCGGCUUGCCGUUUGUAGUUCCGGACGAAGAGAUUGAUCCAGAACUCCCCAUGCCCGAAGAAUAUCCGUACCUGGUUGCUAUGAUCAGCUACUCGAGGUUGGGUGCCAAGGUCUGGCGCCAAGUCACGGACUUUGGCCCUGUCCUAGCCCGUGAGCUCCGCCAUGAAGACAUGGAGCGGUUAGAUCAGGAGAUCCUUCAAUGGUAUGAGAAUGUGCCAGAAGAAGUCAAGCUCCGGAACUGGGAUAAGGAGAAGCAAAUGACCUCGACUCCAUCAUACAACCUUCAACGCCUGCGCAUCUGGACAUAUCUUCGGUUUAACCAGAUUCGUAUAUGGCUGUAUACGCCAAUUCUGCACAGCGCUACUAGCAUCAUGAGUCACUUUGCCCAAGCUCAACGUGUUGUUGACCUUGCAAAAGACACGAUUCGUUAUCUAAGCCAUCUCAACAACACCACGAAUCUGUAUCGAAAGAUACAGGUAUUCUAUCACCAGUUCCUGACUUCGGCAAUCUCCGUUCUCUUCCUGGCUUCUGUCCACGCUCCAGUGAGGUUCAGCCCCACGUGCCGCGAGGAAUUCUACAUGGCCCUGGAGCUCGUCAAAGACCUCUCCGCCAAGAGUUGGGUUUCGAAGCGGCUAUGGCGUACAAUCAGUUCACUGAAGGAAGUUGCGCCAAGUAUUGGCCUUCGCAACCAGCCAGACGAGGAUGCGCACAGCUCCGCGGCUCUGACGAUGGCCGGACUUGCAAGCGGUGGACGUCUGCCGAACAGUCCCGCUGCCAUCGCGCCUUUCGGACGACCAUCCACGACCCCAACAAUACCCCAGCAGCAAACAACAAACUUAGAUACGGCCCACUCACCAAACAACGGAGUUCGCAUCCAAAACGAGAUGAGUCGCAUUUUCGAAGGAUAUCUGGGGCUCAAUGGCUUCGCAUCUACGGGUGACGAUGGUUUUGGUGGCCAGUCCGACGGUAGCAUACCCCCGACAACUACUGCUGUGUCGAACCCAUACGUGGACAACGUCUUUUUCCACUUCAGGGAAAUGUUCUAG